AUGUCAACAGGUCCCUCGACCACCACACCCGCCUCUAUUCAUGAACCUCACCCCGAUCCCAUCGCUCUCACUGCAACUCCUGAAAAUCAUAAAGAAAUAAACUAUACGCCUGAUCCCACAUUAUCUAUCCCCCUCUCUCCUUCGCGUCAGAAGAUCGUAACAAGUAUUACAUCGCUUUACAGCGGGAGCUGUGUGGAUGGAGGCACCGGGGAGCAAGACAUGCAUGUUUAUUCUGAAAAGGCGAUUUAUGAUGAUCCGUGGAGUUAUUGCGAUACGAGGUUUAAGAUUGCGGGACAGUGGUAUGGGAUACCUAUGAUAAUGGGGUCAUCUGAAACUCUUGCUACAGAAGUCGUGAAGUCUUCAGACGACGAAAUUGUGUUUAAAUUGCGGCAGGAGUAUAGACCGAAACUCUUGCCAAAAGGAAAGGCUGUUGAUAGUCUUAUCAGCUUGAAGCUCGUGGAAGAAGGAGGUGAAGAGAAGGUUAUUUAUCACAAAGACAUGUGGAAUGAAAAAGAUUAUAGUCAUGAGGGGUUGGGAAAAGUGUUCAAGACGCUGAAUGGAGAUUAUUUGACUGGGAUUACGAGACCUCCCAAGAGUUUGUAG